GGCAGACGUAUAAUGGGAGGGAAAAUAAAGCGAAUAAGAGAGAAAGAAGAGAAGAACAGAAAAUCAUACAAGAGAUAUUAGAGGUGACAGUGUAAUUCUGAGGUGGUUUCAUUAAUAUUGCUAACAGGACGAGUGCAGCGGCUACCAUUUUGGCUUAAUGAGGAAAUGGUAAAAUUAAAUGACAAAGGAAUAGAAUGAAAGGGAGCGAAAAAGAGAGGGUCGGAAAUAAAUUUAAUGACAAAGAAAGUGAUAUAGGAACAAUGACAAUGGUUGCUUAAUAGCCGGUCAGGCUUCAUUGAGUAAAUCUACGGCGGUCAAGGAUGUUCCGAUCGUAACCAUAUUGUCUUUUACUCACUCACACAAUGCCCUCAAGGCUAUAGUAUCCAUUGUGUUGUUCUGUUUUUAAGAUGGUAAGUCUUAUUUGGGAGAGACUUGACUGUUAUUUCUAGCAGGCCGAGCGACAAUAUAGAAGCCUCGAUAGCUGCCUAUUUGGCUCGAAUUAUACGAUGUAGAGAAAGUGAGGAGAUAAGAGAUUGAAAGACAAAGAGAAAGGAACGAAGAGACAGAAAUACCGAGAAAGUGAGAUCUAGUGACAGACAAAGAAGAAGAAAAGAAACAAGAAAGGACAGUCACAAGACAAAGAACAUAAAAGAGAAAAGAAAUGAAAGAAAGAGGGGCUGAAAGAGAUAAGAAGAGAAGGUAGCGAAAGAAUAAAGGCGGAAGAGGCGACAAGAAAGAAAUGCCUAUUAGAAUUUACUGCUGAUUUAUGAUCGAAAAAUUACCGCAUGAAAUAAAAUUUUAAAAAAGUUGAUACUAAAAAAAAAAAAGAAAUUAGACUCACGAAAAUUUAAGUAACAGAGGAAAAAGAAUGUAAAUAAUAAGUACAGCAUUUACAAUUAUUUCAAAAAUUGAGAAGAAGGAGCAAGCACCUGCAGAGGCGUGUUUGUGUGUGAGAGCUGCUUGUGUACAUGUGUAGGAUAGUUUAUAAACGGAGGUCUUUAUACUUCCUACAUGUAUAUAUUAGUAUAUUUAUCUAUUUUUGUGUAUAUAUACAUAUACUUGCAUAUCUAUAAGUAAAUAGUUUAGUUUAAAUUAUUGUAUAAACAGCAGCAGCAACAUCACAGCAGUCACACAAUGAGUUGUGAAUAAGCAGCAGUAAGAUAUUUUUCAAACGAGUCUCCAUGGCUUGCAUUGAGACAGCAGAAUUUCCGACAGAAGUCACGAUCGGCUUUAUACCGAUCCUGACCUAAUUUAUUUAGCCCUUCUUAAUCGACAAGUGGUGGCAGGGACAUUUAUGAGAUAUAAUUGAAGACGUAUGGAUGUGGUACUGCAGUACAACCUUCAUUAUUUCGAUCUACGGGGAGAUAUGGUUAAAAUGCUUUCGUAAAGACAUUGUGAUUAUACCAAAGAAGAAACCAUAAAGCGAAAAAGGUUAUUAUAUAUAUAUAUAUAUAUCUCCUAGGCACCACACAUAGUUUUAUAUGAUGGAAGUGAACUAUUAUCAGGGAACAACUUGGAAUUUAAUUAUUUAUUCUCCAUUACUUUGAAGAUUAAGAAAUAUAUAUGAAUGUAUCAAAGGAAAUAUUGUGAACAAAACGAAAUCUAUUAGCUGGUGAACGAAACCGGACCAGAAGUUAGGACUCUACCGGAAGUGUAAUACGACAACCAACGAUGAGUGAACGACUGAGUAGCGAACGAGUGAGGGUGUUCUCUCGGUCGUUGCUCAACUCAACGGAGAUCCCAUCCAAACGAGAUUAUAAACGAGAACAACAAAAAAUGGCUUCUUAUCCGUCGCAGGAGCAGCGACCACUGAAGAAACCACGUCUCGGUCCACCUGAUGUCUACCCUCAGGAUCCGAAACAGAAAGAGGAUGAAUUGUCAACACUCAAUGUCAAACAUGGUUUCAACAAUAACUGUACUAUCACAGAUGAGUAUGGAUCUGCUUGUCGUUCCAUCAACCAAGAUAAAGUUGCCUUGUUCUCUAAGGUGGGGACAUGUUUUAGUUCCAUGAUGACAAAGAAAACUGAGCUGAACACAUUCCAAGACACAGGAAAGAAGAAACAACAGCUUAAUAUCAAAGACAACUUCAGACCUGUGACAGCACGAACUAGAAACGCAAUGGAGGCUUGGUUUAAAGACUUAGCAGGAAGUAAACCACUCUCGUUACUUGUGAAAAAGGUACCUAUUUUUAAUAAGAAAGAAGAAAUUUUUUCAACACUCUGUGAUUUUAGCAUCCCUAUGAUAAAGGCAGCUUGGUUUGUAAAGAUGACAGCAGCUCAUAAUGUUGCAUUACAAGAGAACAAGACAAAAAAGAGACAAACUGUGGAUCAGUGCCUUGGUAAGAUAUUUUUGUUGCUCUUCGAGGGUUUGCUAGACCGGCACGAGUUUCUCACUUGGUUACUUGAACACAUGGAAAAGAUACGACCAAAUGAUGAUUCUGUGUUGAAAUUAUUACUUGGACAAAUUGUUUAUUAUCUAGAUGAAGUGUCUAUGUCAGUUUACUUAUCACGAAAACUGUCUCACUUUUGUGCCAAAAGAAUCGCUCAGUUUACAUCAGAAUAUGGAAUUUGCUCUCCUCGAACGGAUUCUCCUAUGAUGACAAAUGGAAAUGGGACAGGAAACAAUAACCCACUCUCAAACCCUCUCUCUGUGCUCUUCACUGAAUAUGUAACGUGCCUUGAACAUCGUAGCCUCAUUCUCAUGUUAUGUGCCACACUACAAAUCAUUACCAUCCGCUGUCCUGCCGCUCUUGUCUGGAACAACCUUGGGGAUGGCAAAACCUGUAACUUUUUAUGUGGAUCACCCUUGGAUCUACUUGGAUGUGGUACUUCUUCACUUCCUAUGCCUCCUAACCCAGACAAUCAACUGAUACGAGCCAAAAUCCGUGCUGUUGAACAGCAGAUUAGACUUCGUGGUCAUGCUGCUGAAGUCAGGUGGUCAUCAGAUAAAUGCCAACAGUCAACUAAAGGUUUCACUAUCAGUAAAGUUUUGAAUGUAUUGGAUAUUCUCGAUUGCCAUUAUUUUGACAAAGUCGAUGCCAAUAACUCAAUGAAUUCUCUGUACAAUAAAAUCUUCUGUCACAACGAAAAUAAAGAAGGUAAUGAGCCGCUUGUUAGUGAUGACCCGAUCAUUAAACUACUCAUUGACUGGGCAGUCACCAUACAACGGACUGGUAAUUACAGAGCUGUCGUUGUUGCUAAGCUGUUAGAACGACGCCAGAAUGAUAUGCGGAAUGAGAAGUUUGCUGAUAGUGAAAUGAUGGAUGAUAAAGAUUCCAUAGCGUCUGAUGUCAUGAUGUCUUCAGGCUACCCGGCUUACCAGCAGCUUCUCAUGGAGUUCCUUGAUGAAGAUGCCCCAGUUCUAGAUGACAGCGGAUUAGAAGAAAACAGAGAUGCAUUUUCUAACCUUAUCCAGCUGUUUUGUGAACUCAUUCGAUUUGAUGUUUUUUCCCAUGAUGCCUACAUGUGUACUCUAAUUUCUCGUGGAGAUCUUGCUGCUUCUCCUUCUGUUGCCAUGCCAUCUGCUGACAGUGUUGAUUUGUCUAGUGUGAAAAGUUUAUCAGAAAGCAUUAAACAUGAGCAUCAAGAUGAUAUCAAGAUGGACUUAGAUAUUCAUACCAUGGAGAGUGAUCUUGGGAGUCUGUUUGGAUCAGUUAAAGAAGAACAGAAGACAAGUCCUGAAGCACCAGCUUCAGUGAAAUCUGUGAAAUCAGAACGUGAUCAACCGAUUAUGAGUGUGGGAGAGUCACAAUCAGCCCCACCUCAGCCUCCUCCUCCCAAAGGCCCAUCGCGCCACAUGCUAUUUGCCACUCACUUUCCGAUUCCACAAAACGAGAGCUAUGCCCAUGAAUGCAACCAGCGUUUUGUUGUUCUAUACGGAGUUGGCAAAGCGCGUGACAACGCAAGGCAUAUCAUUAAAAAAGUCACCAAGGAAAUCUUGAGACUUUUUAACAAAAAGAAUUGCAUAGACAUAAGCAGCGGUGACCCAACAAAAGUUAAAAAGAAAAAAGAGAAAGAGAAAGAUAAAGACAGUGAUUCAUCAAGUAACCUCGAGAGCACAUUCAAUAAGUUUCAGAGACUUUCGUAUUAUGACAUGCAUGCUGUGACAUCAUCCUGUGUGAGCAGCGUACUGGAACAGUUGUCAAGUUUUGCUGCUGGUAACUCCUGUUAUUUACCUGUCGUUGACAAUAUUUCCUACCUCUUUGAUUUAAUGGAUUAUUCACUAAAUAUAAGCGGCCUUUUGGACUUUGCAUUACAACUGCUGAAAGAGCUUAGUCAGGUGGAAGUCCAGCUGAUGUUGAAAGCAUCGUCUCUUGCCACGAACUACGUUUCUUCUUUAUGCCUAUGCAUCAUUGGCAUAUUCAGUAAAUACUGCUCUUACAUGCUUGUCUGCCAGGACUUGGCCUGUGCUGCCUUUGAAGGAUUGAAUGCUAUCAUCAAGCAUAUAAACAAUCCUUCGGAUUGUACCUCUGCUGAACGAUGUGUUCAGGCAUACCUGUUUGAUCUUUACACUUCUGCCAGUUACCUGAAGGCCAAAUAUUUGGACAGCUUCAGUGCUACUUUUAGUAAAAUGAAACAGACUCAUGACACCAACAUAACUCCAUCAGUGUUGAAUUUACUCUGGGAUCCUAACUUUAUGAUGGACUAUUUUAACGAUGUCAAAUCCAUACCUGAUGCCAUGCUGGUCAAACAAUUGAAUGAAAAUCCAGGAUACCGCUAUAACUUUGUAUGCAACGCAGUACUCAAUAUAUGCAAUUCCCAAGUAACAGAUCGGCUGAAUGAAAUCUCUAUCCUAUGUGCCGAGUUCACAGCUAAGUGUAAUGCUUUGCGAUCCGAGUGGCUCGGUGCCUUGAAAGCUUUAUGUUGUUCUUCGAACCAUUCCUGUGGAUUCAUCGAUAUCCUGACGCAAAUUGAUGUUGGAGAUUUGUCUAUCCAUGAUUCCCUGGCAGUGUUUACAGCAAUUCUUCUGGCUCGUCAUUGUUUUACUCUGCAGAACUUUAU